GCCGAAACUAAAUACCCAAAAGCGUCUCUGAUCGCACGCCGCCAAAUACGGCACGAAUCUCGGGUUUCCCGCGCGCUGGCACGGCACCAGCCUCCGCGAAAACGCUCUCUAUUCCCGUCUAAUACUCGUGAAAAACACGUAAAAACGCAUUUAUUUCUGUAGCGAGCGGCCUCUAAAUUUAGGCCGUAUGGAAACCGAAAGCAAUACGAGCGAUUUUGGUCGGGGCCGCGUUGUCUGUAUUUAGAUUAGACGGCGCGAACGCAGCGCGCGCGACUCGCCUCCGACCCCUGUGCUGAUAAGGCGCAUCGGCAGUGCAUCGUGCUCGCAGACCACCCGUCACCGGCGGUCACCGCCCGCACCGCCCGCCACCGUCCGUCACCGUCCGUCACCACCUGCGCUCGCCAGCGCGGUCGUACGGUCUCGCGAGUGUUGUCCUCUAUCAGAGAUUUGGAUGUCGCAAAUGCUACCCGAUGCCGGAGAAGUGAUGCGGCGCGCGGCGUGCGGCGACGCCGGCGGGCCCGCGCCGCGCCGCGCUGUCGCUUCGUCUGAGAAUAAGGAGCUUCUUCGUCGGCAACUCCUCUCGGCCAGUAAGGAGCGGAACGUCGAUAAAUCCGACCCGCCCAAAGUGAAGCACACGCGGAGCAGGCAGAAAAACCGGUGGAAGUUAAAAUUCCACCACCAAGCGCUGCCCCAGGAAUACUUGGACCACUACGAGCAGAGCCUCCAGAGGGCGAAUAAUAAGAAGAAAACCCCAGAAAAACCAAAAGACUCGGCCGUUGAGAACAAUUUCACUAAUGAGACUUUCAAAAUUUGGGCGCAGAGAUUAGCCGGAGUUCAGAAGGAGACUGGAACGCUGACCGUGCCCCAGGCGUCUGUUUUGAAUAUGGCAGCUAGAAAUAAGGAGGAGAAGAAAAAGAAGGCUCCUGCUAUCACACCCAGCAAAAUCAUGACGUACGAAGAUCUACCCUAUAUGGGGGAGAUGACGUUAAACAAUUCUAAGCCACGACGCGGUCGAAAACCGAAGAAGGCCGAUAUUUGUCAUUUAAUCUACGAGAACUAUGGAACGGUUGUACCGGGUCAGCCUCCCCCUCAAGAGCGACUAAACCAAGGAAAUGUAUGCCCGGCGUUUAGGAGUACAAAUACACCUCACAACACGUCAAAGACAGAUUUACAGAACAAGAUUAUUUCAAGCCUUCUGGAAAGAAAACUGUCACAAGAACAAAAACGACGUCUAGAGAAUCCUUCGCCGCCACGAUUCUGCAGCCCCGAUGAACCAAUGCCGGAGGCGCCGGCCACAACGGCCGGCCCGCUGCAUAGCGACGACGAACCUCUCAAUCUAUGUAUAAGAGAUCUACAUGAUUUAAAGUUACAAAUUCAAAAGAAAUUUGGCAACAUUUACACAACGCCUGAAGUUAAAGCUGAAAUAGAAGACAGUUUAGAACAGGAAAGUUUAAAAAGUGAACAACCUAAUGCUAUCUCUGUUAUACAACGGAAUACAAACGUGCCCCCAACAGCUAGCAGUUCACCUGAUCUCUCUCGGCAAUCGAGGAACAUAUCCCCGACUCUAUCUGAACCGGUUCAGUCUACAGUCAGCCCAGACGACGACAAAUUUCCAGGCUACAUAUAUUGGCCAAAUGCAGGUAUAUACAUGCAUCCUUUAGCGUUACAGACCCAACUGUUAUAUUACCAAAGGCUAGCAGCUUCUGGGCAGCUCCCGUUUUCUCCCGAAGAUCGCGAUAAAGUUUCAACGCCGGGCAGUGAAAGCACUACCACAGAUGCGUCGCCGGAUGAGGGAAAGAAUAAAUUAGUGCUCAAACAAAUAUCGGAACUUCUGGACCCAAAGGUAAUAAAACAAGUCGAGGAAAGAAAAAGUCCAGAAUUUGCGAAGAAGAGAGCAUCGCCUAAACUCGUCCAAGGACCUGUUAAGAGAAAAAGAUCAGCAAUAUUUAUUCCUCCAAUGCCGGCUAAAAAUAGUACCACAACCCCGACCACAGAAGUUAGCAUUUGUAAAUUCAAAUUCACAGGCGGCUCGAAGCCGUCCUUGCAAGAGAAGAAGAUGCUGUCAGUGGACUCCGGAGGGAACUUCAGGUAUUACAGUGGGACGGGCAAUAAAGGAAACAAAGGUUACGAGUACUUACAAAAAGACUCGACCCAAGGAAGAAACACUGAAUCCGUACCGUCGAUAUCGACAGUACCCAAAACCGAUCCUCAAAAUAACGCCGCGCUCAAAGAUGACUUGAACAAAAAAAAAAGAAAGUCAAGGAAGACAUUGCAAAGGGAGAAAUUAGAACAAACUUUUAAAGAAAAGGGCUUUCUGAUCCAGACCCAGCAACUGCAGUCGGCGGAGGGCGCCACGUACUGCAAGUUUAGACAAUUAAGGAAGUUUACGAGAUACCUCUUUAGGAGUUGGAAAGACUAUUUGCCGGGAGAAUUAGAUGACAGAACAAACGACCCGCCAAGCGAGCAGCCGCCGCCGGCGGGCGAGGCCGGCGCAGAGUGGACUUAGGGCUCUCGCUAGUGGUUGUUGAGAAGGCCAAAGACUUGAAGCCCCUUCGCGAGCUGACUUGCAUUUAUAACAAAUCAUCGGUAUAUAGUGAGACUUAUUAAUUUCGAUCUGUUUUCAUUCGUAUAUCCGUCCAUAUUUUUUUAUAAAAUUAUUAUCACGUUUAUUAAUAAUUCGGCGUCGAAUAUUAGUUUUUUUAAUAAGAAAAUCGUGUACUAUAAAAUAUUUAAUAUAUUGUUGUUUUGUUGUUGAAUGAGUGAUUUGUGUCUUUAGAAGAAUUAACUAUGUUUCGUGGAGACAAAUGUUGCCGAAAGAUUGUUGUAGACACUAAAAUUAUAAUUAGUGUUUUAAUCUGUGCCUUAUUAACUAGAUUACUAACUAGUCAAUUGAAACCUCUAACAUAGUUUUAUAACAUUAUUUUGAAUGUGUACAAAUAAGAUUUUAUAUUUAAGGCUGAAUAAAUGGGACUAUUUAAAAGAAAUUGUAAUACGAAAAUUAAUAAUGUUAAAUUGUAUAUACUUUUUUUAAAUCCAUGAAGUAGGUUUCUCUAUGAAUCAAGUGAGUGUUGCCAGUGAGAUUUGUUUCAGAACAAGUUAUUUAUAUCCAUUUAAAAUGUUUUAAUGUAAUAUUUUUUUGGAAUUUAAUAGUUUGAACUAAACUAAGAUCUUAAAUGUAAACCAAUCGAGUUAUUCUAGUCACUGUUGUUAGUUUGUAUUGAUAAUGUAAAUAUAAGUUUAAAUUCGUUAAUUAAUUAUAAAAUAAGACUCAAUUUUGUACUCAAUAAACUUUAUUAAGAAAAAAAACUCAAAUAAUUCUGUGAUUAUGAAAAAAUGCAAUUAAACAGGAAUGUAAAAUGUAAACCAAUAAAUUAACCAGAUUACAA